CAAAAUUGUUGCUCUUUGCAAUUUUCCCCUAAAAAGUGAUGUGAUACAAACAGUUACCACUGCAACUUCCUGACUCUCAAACAGCACUGAUGCCUCUUGUUUUACUUCUUUCUUCUCUUUACCUUUUCUAUACAGUCAAAGUAUCGGCAGUAGAAGUCACCACACCAGAGGAGAUAUUUGUGGAGAAUGAAACAGACGUAAAGCUUCCAUGCACGUUUACAUCCGUGGAGGUGAUCAGCAGUGCAGCAUCUGUUUCUUGGAGUUUUCAACCAGAGGGAGCAGCAACUCGUAUCUCAUUUUUCUAUUACUCUAAUGGAAAGCCGUACACUGGAAAGGACAUACCAUUUAAAGACAGGGUCACUUGGGCUGGAGAUCUUAACAAGAAAGAUGCUUCUAUCAGUAUAUCAAACAUGCAGUUCCAGGACAAUGGCACUUAUAUUUGUGAUGUCAAGAACCCACCUGAUAUUGUUGUCAAACCAGGAGAAAUCCGGCUUAGAGUUGUGGAGAAAGACAGCCUGCCUGCGUUCCCCAUUGCCAUGGUGGCAGGGAUAGUCAUCGGUACGGUUACAGGUCUCACACUGCUCAUCUCUAUUGUCGUGUGUCUUGUUAUGAGAAAGAACAACUCUAAAAAACGUUACUCUGGGUUCUUUUGGUUGCCUGUAGGGUGGAAGAAAACAGCUCAAAAAAUAAACUCGUGGAGAUUUCUAAAUUGAGCUUUACCUUCUCCUUCUCUCAGUUGGAGAGCUUAGAGAAAGUGAGUUGGCUUUUCCCAAUGGUAAAGCCGAGUGCAGUGAAGGCAGUGGUAUGUGCUCAAAAUUGUGCGGAAAGUCUGCUUUCCACUUUCUGCAUGCGUCCUUCCCCUGAAAACUGAGAAGGAGUGUCAUGCACCAAAAGUGCACAUGAGAUGGUUCACAUGCUUUGCUUCUGAGUGACCCUGCUGUUCAGUGUCCUCCUGCUGAAGAAUAUGUGCUGGAGCUGAGCCUGGAGAAGUAGCUUAUGUGCUGUAAUUUCUUGUCGUAGAUUUAACUACUCUCUCAGGGAAGUAAUCUCUGAAGAUUAAAUACUGCUUUUGAUGACCAUGCCAGCUCUGCAUGACAUGCUAAGAGAAAUCAAAUGUGCUGUGACCCCCUUCAAUCUUACAGACUUUCUUCUCCAUGAUACUAACCUAGUGAGUGGUGGUAGUGGUGAGAUGCACUUACUCUUGGAUAACAACUGCCUUGAACUGAGGUGGGCUGGGGCACUGCAUGGCCACAGUUUCCGUUCAUGAUCUGACUUUGGUGUUUUUUUGUUUUUUGUUUUUAUUUUUCCUUUCUGCCUUGGUGUGCUGGGAUCGGAUCCUGCUUAUCUUCCUCUCCUUACAGAGAUCCUGAUAUAGACGCCAGAUUGGGAAUGUAGCAGGGCUGGGUCUUCUCUUCCAGUCCCACUAGACACCAUGGUAACUAAUCAAGUUGGUGGUUGCUGUUAAUACCUGUGUGUAUGUGUACACAUUUCCUCUUCUUUUGCUGACUAACCAGCCAGCUCUAUGCUCACAUAACUCCACUGUAAUUUGUGCUGGAAUCUGUUGGCAAAAGGGAUGAUGCAUUUCACUGGAUGCUUGGGUUUCAUUGUCUCAUGUCUAGCUGGGGUGGGAUUGCUUCUCUCAAAUGGUGUCCCUCCAUCUCUUCCCGCAGUGAACUUGCCGGUGCAUUGACUAAAGCAAAAGAAAGUCCUUUUUGUGUCAGGAUAAAAACAAAUUCCCUGUUAAGUGUUCUUGUGGCUCAGAGCUCUGCCACUUGAAAACUUACAGUUGCAGUGAUUUAUGUGCACGAGCUGCUUAAAAAGAAAUUAUAACUUUUAGCUAGUAUGGAUCUUAGGAAUUUUAUGAAUAAAGCAAACAAUUCAUGAUUACGUCAUCUUGGUCACAGAAGAGCUGCUCUGUCUCUCAGAUAGAGUAGAAACCCCUUGCUCUGGUGACUGAGUUUGCAAUCUUUUUCUUUUUCUUUUUCUUUUUCUUUUUCUUUUUCUUUUUCU